AUGACGGCAGCAGCUAAAACCUCCGCAAUCUAUCGAUUAAUUAUGGUCGGAAGUGGUGGUGUUGGUAAAUCAGCAUUAACUCUUCAGUAUAUGUACGAUGAAUUUGUUGUUGAUUAUGAACCAACGAAAGCUGAUUCAUAUCGAAAAACAGUUAUGCUUGAUGGCGAAGAAGUUCAAAUUGAUAUAUUAGAUACAGCUGGUCAAGAAAAUUA